AUGGAAGAAGAUCCAAAGUACUUGGCCACUGAGUCCGCCAGAAACCAGCAGCCUGUCCACAGAGUCCAUGUGUCGCCAUCCAAGGAGCUCGCGCCUGCUCAGGAGGCAACUGUCUCUCCGCAGGAAGUGAAUUUUCAUCAAAUGCAUGAGGAUGAGACUAUCAACGACGUUCAUUAUGUUAAGGAGGAUCUCCAGAAGCGCGUAUCGAGACCCGUGUGGUUUCUUAUCGUCGGAACCAUCCUUUCUUCAUGCUUCCUCUUUGCUCUCGAUGAUACGAUAGUUGCGGAUAUCCAGUCCCCCAUUCUCAAGCGCUUCAAUGAACCGCGCAAGAUGAGCUGGAUUGGUAUUGCCUUUGUCCUCGCGUCUGCUUCAACCGUAAUCACUUGGGGGAAGGUUUAUGGAAUCUUUAGCGCGAAGUACCUCUUUCUGAUCUCAGUCGUGCUCUUCGAAGGUGGUAGUGCCCUCUGUGGUGGCGCAAAUACGAUGAACGCAUUCAUUGUCGGGCGGGCUAUCGCGGGCCUCGGGGGUGCCGGGCUAUACCUAGGAUGCUUGACGUUGCUGACAAUCACUACCUCAAUCCAUCAGCGGCCGGCCUACAUGGCAUUCACGGGUAUUACAUGGGGAGCGGGUACUGUUUUAGGGCCUGUGGUCGGCGGUGCGUUUUCCGACAAUCGUCAUGCCGGAUGGCGUUGGUCCUUUUACAUCAACCUUUGCAUUGGCGCGGUGGCUUCCCCUGUCUAUAUCUUCAUGCUACCCAAGGCUGAUCCCCAUCCCGAGGCAACUCUCAGAGCCAAGCUCCUUCAGAUUGACUAUCUGGGAGCCUUUCUGAAUGUCAGCUCCUUGGUUUGUCUGACGAUGGCGCUCAACUUUGGAGGAGAUCUCUACGACUGGAACUCAGGCCCGGAGAUCGCGCUGUGGGUAGUCGGUGGUGCUUUGCUGUUGUUAUUCUGCCUACAGCAGGCAUUUACCAUCGGCACCACCAAGCGCGAGCGGAUAUUCCCCCUGGAGUUGCUCCGACAGCCCUUGAUGUGGCUCCUCUUCGCUCUUAUGGCCGCCGCUGGAACAUGUGUGUUCGUCCCAACCUACUACAUCCCAAUCUACUGCCAAUUCGUCCUAGGCGAUACACCUCUAGGGUCCGCGGUGAGGCUUCUGCCUUUCAUCAUAGUGAUGGUUUUCGUUGGACUUGCAAGCGGGGCAGGAAUGUCCAUCCUCGGCUUUUAUAUGCCUUGGUACUUUUUCGGUGGAAUUCUCACCAGCAUUGGAGGUGGCUUGAUGAGUACAAUCAAAUUGUCCAGCCACGUCGGGAAGAUCUACGGAUACUCGGUCCUGAUCGGACUCGGCGCGGGAUUGUUCAUUCAAACAGGAUAUUCUGUUGCGCAAGCCAAGGUCCCAAGCUCGCGAGCAUCAGACGCAUCAUCAUUUAUUGCACUGGCACAGAACAUCGGAUUUAUGCUCUCGCUGGCUAUCUCGGGAGCAGUGUUUCAAAACGAGGCUGUUGACAAGCUGCAUGUGCUACUGCCAACUCUGACACGAGAGCAGCUACAUGGUGCUAUCACAGGAGCUUCUAGUGGUAUGAUGCAGCAUCUUCCAGACGAACUCAGAAAGAAGGUUCUUGAAGCGAUUGUGGAGGUGAUGGGACACACAUACUACCUUGUUGCCACGGCGGGCGUAAUGGCAGCUGUCGGAUCCCUCUUCAUGAAGAGGGAGCGUAUCUUUGUUGAAGGUGCUACUGCUAUGGGCUAA